AUGCAAUUGUUCAGUUUCUUAUUAGCUGCUCCAUUAGUAUCAUCUGUGAUUGCUUGGUCUCCAAGCAACGGUUACGCUCCUGCCAAUGUCAGUUGUCCUUCUGACUUCAAUUUAAUUAGAGAAGCUUCCUCUCAAUUAUCUGAUAACGAAACUGAAUGGUUAUCAUUAAGAAAUGAAGUUACCUCUGAAGCUUUACAAAAUUUCUUAAACAGAGCCACUAGAAAUUUCACCAAUUCUUCCUUGAUCGAUGAUUUAUUCUCUGGUAACUCAUCAAAUGUACCAAAGAUUGGUAUUGCUUGUUCCGGUGGUGGUUACAGAGCUAUGUUAAGUGGUGCUGGUAUGAUUGCUGCCUUCGAUAACAGAACUGUCGGUGCUAACGAAAAUGGUUUAGGUGGUCUAUUACAAAGUACCACCUAUUUGGCCGGUUUAUCCGGUGGUAACUGGUUGACUGGUACCUUGGCCUUAAACAAUUGGACUUCUGUUCAAGAUAUUGUUGACAAUAUGGGUAACAACGGUUCUAUUUGGGAUAUCUCUAAUAGUUUAGUAACUCAAGAUGCCGCUACUGUCCAAUUAUGGACUCAAGUUUUCCAAGCUAUUGCUUCCAAACAAGAAGCUGGUUUUAACACUACAUUAGCCGAUUACUGGGGACGUGCUUUAUCAUAUGACUUCUUCCCAACCUUGCCACAAGGUGGUGCCGGUUUAACCUGGUCCACUAUCAGAGAUUCUGAUGUCUUCAGAAGAGGUUUGAUGCCAUUCCCAAUUUCUGUCACUGACGUCAGACAUCCAUACAGUGGUAUUACAUACAUGAACUCUACUAUCGUUGAAUUCAACCCAUUCGAAAUGGGUUCUUGGGAUCCAUCUUUGAACUCCUUUGCUGAUGUUAAGUUCAUCGGUUCUGAUGUCUCUAACGGUACUGCUGUCAAUGAAGGUCAAUGUAUUGCAGGUUUUGACAAUGCAGGUUUCGUUUUAGGUACAUCUUCAACUCUAUUUACUCCAAGUAUGGUUGAAGCUGUUGAACUAAUUUUGGGUAAUAGCACCAAUACUACCGUGGGUGAGUUACUAAUCAGUAUGAUCUCUAAUGAUAAUGAAGAUGUUGCAUUGUUUGCUCCAAACCCAUUCAGAGAUUCUGCUUUCGGUUCUAACUCUGACUUAUCUAGUGACCCUUCCUUGUUCUUGGCUGAUGGUGGUGAAGACACUAUCGAAGUUCCAUUGAUUUCUUUGAUUCAAAAACAAAGAGACUUGGAUGUUGUCUUCGCUUUUGACAACUCUGCUGACACUGUUGACUCCUGGCCAAAUGGUACCGCUAUGGUUGGUGCUUACCGUCGUCAAUUCUCUGAACAAGGUCAAGACAUCGCUUUCCCAUAUGUUCCGGAUGAAGAAACUUUCGUUAGCGAGGGUUUGAACAAGAGACCAACCUUCUUCGGUUGUGACGCUCGUAAUUUAACUGAAUUAUCUUAUAUCCCACCAUUGUUGAUUUAUGUUCCAAAUGCUGAUUACUCAUUUGCCAGUAACACCAGUACUUUGCAAUUGCAAUAUUCAGAAGCUGAAAGUAAGGCUUUGAUUCAAAACGGUUUCGAAGCUGCCACCAGAGGUAACCUUACAGAUGACUCCCGUUUCAUGGGCUGUGUCGCUUGUGCUGUCAUGAGACGUAAGCAACAAAGUAUGAAUGCCACCUUACCAGCUGAAUGUAAUGCUUGUUUAGCUGAAUACUGUUGGACCGGUACCGCUGCUUCUAUUCCAGAUGAUAUUACCAACUCUACUUCUACAAACACCUCAUCUAGUGUCGCUGAAUCCUCAUCUGCUACUGACCAAUCUACUUUGACUACCUCCACUGUCUCAAGUAGAUCUUCUACUAGAUCUGCCACCGGUUCUGCCACUUCAAGUUCAGCCAACUCUGCUGCUGCCGCUACCACCUCUUCUACUCGUCAAAACAAUGCUGGUAACUCCUUGAUGGAAACCUCUAAGUUUGCCAUGUCAUUCGUAUUUGUCUUGAACCUAUUCUUAGGUAAUUUGUAA